AUGGCAGACUGGUUCGGCCGGGCGGCGCUCAACUACCACGCCUCGCCAACCCCCAUCUCCUUUGAGACCAAGGAGGAUGGCAGAAAGACGCUGCUGGACGUGGUCCAGGCCUCGGUCCCGACGUGCCAGCUCAACCCGCUCCUCUUCAACGGACACCUGCAGACAUGUUGGACCGCCGUAAACAAGGAGGCGCCCGCCGUCCACUACAAGCGGCGCAUCUUUGAGGCCGAGCACAGCGGCUACUCGGGCUCCUACGUGGUCGACUUUUAUGUCCCGCCCGAGGAGGCGUCGGACGAGGUAGACGAGUCUCAGCCCCCGAGGACGACGUACUUUAGCGAGGCGGAGCUCGCGCAUUUGGAGAAGGAGGGCAGCGACGAUGAUAGGCCCAUGCUGGUCGUCUUGCACGGCUUGUCGGGCGGUUCACACGAGGUGUAUCUGCGACAUGCAAUGGCACCGCUGCUAGAAAGUGGCAAGUGGGAGGCAUGCGUCAUCAACUCGCGAGGCUGUGCCAAGAGUAAGAUCACGACCGGCAUCUUGUACAAUGCUCGCGCGACCUGGGACACGAGACAAACCGUCAAGUGGCUCCGGAAAACCUUUCCAAACCGACCCCUCUUUGGCAUUGGAUUCUCCCUGGGCGCUUGUAUCUUGACAAACUAUCUUGGAGAAGAGGGCUCGAGAUGCGAGCUCAAGGCCGCCAUUGCCUGCGCCAACCCCUGGAAUCUCGAGGUCUCCAACAACUCCCUGAAGCGGACGUUUAUCGGUCAUCAUCUCUACUCCAGAGUCCUGGGUACCGCCAUGAGAAAGCUUGCGGACACGCACGCAAAGGAAAUCCGAAAGUACACCGACUUUGAUCUGGAAAAGAUUGCAAAGCUCACGUACCUAUGGGAGUUUGAUCGCGAGGUGCAGACCAAGGCUUGGGGGUACCCGACCGAGAAUGCAUACUACCGUGAUGCCUCUUCAGUUGACUCGGUCAUGGGCAUCAGAAUCCCCUAUCUGGCCAUAAACUCGACGGAUGACCCUAUAUCCGCCGAAGAAGCUCUGCCCUACGGAGAGAUCAGAUCGAACCCCUAUGCCGUCCUCUGCACGACUUCACUUGGUGGACAUCUCGGCUGGUUCGAGCCUGGAGGUGGGCGCUGGCACAGCCGGCCGGUGGCCAACUUUAUGAACUACAUGGCUUUUGAGGCCAAGCUCGACAACAUCAAAGCCAGUGGCUCAGCAAACGGCAAGGUCUAUCAUGCGGGUGCAGAGUUUGAUCCCCUUCGCCGCAAGAUGGCCGUGCCCUUGGAGUAA